AUGGCGCGUGCAGCUUUUCAAACUGGCCUGUUGCUUGGCUUGCUGAAGUUGGCUCGGAGCGAUGAUUGCCAGGCUGAGGACGAGGUGAAGCUUAUGCAGCUGAAUCAACACCGGACGGGACGCGGUGAUGAGUGUCCUGGUUUCAAGGUGUGCCCGCCGUGGCCACUUCCGUACAAAACAGGUGAGUACCCCGAGGAGUAUCCAUGGGACCCCAUUCCGGAAUUUCCUGAAGGCUUUGCUUGGGGCCUCGGGACCGCAGCCUAUCAGAUCGAGGGGGCCUACAACGAAGGCGGCCGCGGAGCCUCCAUUUGGGACACCUUCACUGGUGCCAACACUGUGGGAAUGCCAGGUGCCGUGUGCAAAAAGGCUCCUUGCCCGGUCAACUCUGUCAUCGCCGUGAAGGGCGCCACUGGAAACGUUGCUAACAACCACUACCACAUGUACAAGAACGAUGUGAGAGCCAUGAAGUCCAUGGGCCUGAAGUGGUAUCGGUUCUCGGUUGCAUGGCCUCGAAUUGUGCCAACUGGUACUUUCGCAGAUGGGGUGAACCAGGAGGGUGUCCAGUUCUACCACAAUUUGAUUGACGAGCUGAUUGCUGCUGGUGUCACGCCAAUCAUUACUAUGUACCACUGGGAUCUUCCACAAGGACUGAUGCAUUUGGACUUCGAGACACCGAAUGAGCCCUGCAAUGGAGGCAAAGAGGGCUGGUACGAGUGUACAAUGGGUGCAGAUGGGAAGCCAAAGCCCAACGGCCUUAGCUCAAACAUUGUCAAAGAGUUUACAAACUUCGCAGAGUUCCUGUUGAAGGAGUACGGCUCCAAGGUGAAGCUGUGGGCAACCUUCAAUGAAGCCUACACUUUCACCUACCUAGCAAGUGGAUACGGCAAGGCACCUUCCGCGCAGCCCUACAUGGACAUGGCCAUCUGGCCGUAUGUGGCUGGACAUAAUGUAAUUCUUGCUCACCUGAGCGCAGUCAUGAAGUUCAGGGAGUUCCAGAAGUCAGGCGUGCUGUCAGCGGAGCACAAGAUCUUCAUCACCAACAACCAAGACUGGCGAGAGCCCUUUUCCGACUCGAAGCAAGAUAUCGCUGCUGCCCUUUAUCAGGUUGAGACGCAGCUGGGCUGGUUCUGCGACCCUAUCUACGGUGUGGACGGGGUAUUUGACUACCCAUAUUCCAUGACUUCUACCUUCCCAUACAUGCCUUCGUUCACAGAGGAAGAGAAGGAGCUUCUGAAGCAAAACCGACCAGAUUUCUUUGGCUUGAAUCACUAUGGGACAAGCUUUAUCAAGGUGGUGGAGGGGAAGAGUGUUGUUGUUCAUGGUGAUUUGGUGCAAGGAAAGUCAUCCUGGCUCUUUCGUGCCGCCUGGGGCUACCGGAAACUCUUGAACUGGAUCAAGAAUCGUUAUGGGCAAGAGUUGGAAAUCUGGGGCACAGAAGCCGGUUGGAGCGACGGUGCUCACACAAGUCUUGAGUCAAAGGAAGACUCUGGCCGUUUGACAUACUAUUAUACGUACAUCUUGGAAAUGCACAAUGCUAUUUACAAGGAUGGAGUGAACAUGAAGGGCUUCAUGGCCUGGUCGCUCAUGGACAACUUUGAGUGGGAGAUGGGCUACUCGGAGCGUUUUGGUUGCUUAUUCGUUGAUCUCCACUUCGGUGAGGAUCCAAACGCCCCUACCACAGAGAGUCCUAUUUACAAUGCCUAUUCUGGCAAGCUCGAUGGACUCUGUACUGAGUGCGACGACCCUGGUAUCAAGCCAGGCUAUGCAGAGGCUUCGAAGCAGACACGGCACAUCAAGAACUCCGUGCUCAUGAUGAUGUCGCUGUGGAAAAACAAUGCUCUGCCCAAUUUUGAGGAGUUCUUUGCAGCUGCAACUGUUGACUUAGUGUUUCUCAAGCACUUAGUGUCCAGCAACAGGCCAGCAGCAGCCGACCACCUCCCCCGUGCGGUGGUGCUUAACCUGAAGCGCAGGCCAGAUCGUUGGGCCGAAGUGCAGACACGAUUGGAUCGAGUUCAAGGUCUCUUGUUUGACCGCCUGCAAGCUGUGGAUGGGCGAACAGAUGAGAUUGAUGAGGGAGAGGUCGCGACAACGUGGUCCACUGCAAGCAAUUGGAAGUAUGUGACGAGGGUCUUCGAGGGAGGAGAGGCGUGUGGGUAUUUGGUGAAGGAGCUAUGCCUAAGUCAAGGAGAACGCGGUUGUGCAGCAUCGCAUGUCAAAGCUUGGCGUGCUUGUGCUGCAAAUAAGCUGCCGUUGAUCGUUCUCGAGGAUGAUGCGAAGCCGACCACAAAGUUUAGUGUGGUUUUGCGACAAGCGUUGUGCGAUUUAGAUGGCCAGGAUCCCGGGAUUCUGUACUUGGGCUACUCAAAGGCGGCUCCGUGGCGUCGAAAAAUAAGUGCCGUGGUACGUGAGGCAGAAUAUCUGUGGACGACCGUGGCCUAUGUUUUGUGGCCAGCUGGUGCAACGACGCUUCUCAGUUCAUUACCUGGUGCCCUGACAGCAGGAGCUUCAACAUGCGCACUUUGUCAUGGAAGGGCCCUUUACGAUGCCACGUUUAGAAAAGUUGUAUGGCAUAGACCUCGUCCUUGCUAG